ACCACAAAUCAGACGCCAACAGAAUCUUUAUCUCCAUGUUCCAACACUGUGUCACCAGUGUCAUUAAGAAAUCUGAUCAGUCCUCCAGCGUUUGGAACAGUUACUCCAAAUCGUAUCUUUGUAGGAGGAAUUGAUUUUAAGACUAAUGAAAAUGAGCUGAGGAAGUUUUUUACUCAGUAUGGCAGUGUGACAGAAGUGAAGAUAGUAAACGACAGAGCUGGAGUAUCAAAGGGGUAUGGCUUCAUUACUUUUGAAACCCAAGAAGAUGCACAGAAGAUUUUACAAGAGGCUACAAAACUUAAUUAUAAGGAUAAGAAAUUGAAUAUUGGUCCAGCAGUAAGAAAAAAACAACUACGGAGUCCACGUUCUCCUGUAAUACCAGAAGCCGGUGCAAUGUACUUAACUACUUCAAGUGGAUGUCCUUAUGUUUACCAUAAUGGAGUGGCUUAUUUUCAUAUGCCUGAAGUUGCUUCUGUUGCACAGCCAUGGCCACUGCGCUCUGUUUCCAGUUCACCUGUGAUGGUACCUCAGCCAGUGUAUCAGUCUCCGACAUUCCAUUAUCAGGCACCAACACAGUGUCUUCAAAGUCCAUUGCAGUGGUCUGUUCCACAGUCUCCUGCCUCUUCACCUUCGGUCUUGUAUCUGCAACCGUCGGAAGUUGUCUAUCAGCCAGUCGGGAUUCCCCCGGAAAGUGGAUGUAUACCUCCACCUCUGCUAGUGGAAGCUGCACUUCCUGAGCUGUAUUCUGAUCAUGUAGUUCAAACCCCACCUCACCAGCCUUACCCCCAGAGUGCCAUAGCCAUGCCUGCCCCUUUCUUCUUCCCCCUGCCGCCCCCCCUCAGCCAGUCAGUCCAGGAGGACAAACAAAGCACUAUUGGUGUCCUCUGCUCGGGAGCACUGAGAGGGGGCUGGCUGUAA